ACGCGCCUUCCUCGUCUGCACUUGCCUGUCUGCGAAAAAGCAAUUCGAUAGGGACGGACAACCGACGGAUAGAGUCUGAGGUAGCUCUAUCACAACAGCAGGACGCACCAUGGGCCGGAAACAGACAUCGCAGGCAGCUUUGGAAGCAUUACCCCUCCCCGGACCCAGCGCGCUGGUCGCAAAGAUACUCAACAACAAGGGGGGAGGGAACUACGAAGUCGCAUUACCCAACACAGUCCACUCUGCAACAGUCUCCAUGCCUCAAAAGUUCCGUAACGUCGUCUGGGUCAAGCGGGGGAGUUAUGUGCUGGUGGAGUUGGGAGGAGAAGAGUCGAGAGCUGCGAGAGUCGAUGGGGAGAUUCUUCACGUUUUGAUGCCUGACCAGGUCAAGCAUAUCAAAAAUCAGGGGCUAUGGCCGUCAGAGUUUAUGGCAAAUGGACACGCUUCUGGAUCUCCGACGGCGGUAGAAGCAAGCAGGGAGGUACAGAGUGGUUCGGAAGACUCGGACAACGACGACGAUCUGUUCGUCAAUACGAACCGGAGAGUGGAGACGGACAACGAGUCUGAUGACGAAUAAUCAGUAGGCGUACUUCGUAGAGUAGAAUAGAGCCGUAGCAUCCAUAUACGGAGGGGAACACGAUGUUGCAUGAACGAAGAACACACAUUUUUGGGUCUGAUCCGAAUCUAACUUAAAUCCCAAACAUGGAAAGGUACAGCGAAUAGAAAACUCAGAAGGAACCCAGAGGAAUGUACA